CUUUGUGUGUAAUAAUGUUUUCUUGUGUGUUUCCCUUAUGUACUAUAUAACUUCAGUUUCAUGUGCAUCAGUGCCUUCUUCUUCUAUAUCAAUUUGAUUUGUUUUCUCUCUCCAUAUUUUUCUUGUUUUUUUCUUCUUGGUAAUAUUCUUAGAUUCUUCUGUGUGAUUUUAAAGAAUGUCUUCAUACAUCAGUUUAGAGAUCAAUGAAUUUUGUAAAAGUUCUGUGAUGGGAAGAGGAAAGAUAGAAAUAAAGAGGAUAGAGAACUCGACCAAUCGACAAGUGACGUUUUGCAAAAGAAGAAAUGGACUUCUCAAGAAAGCCUAUGAGCUUUCAGUCCUUUGCGAUGCAGAAGUUGCCCUCAUCGUUUUCUCCACUCGUGGCCGACUCUAUGAGUAUGCCAAUAACAACAUAAGAUCAACCAUUGAGAGGUACAAGAAAGCUUGUUCUGAUAGCACCAACACCAGCACUGUCCAAGAAAUCAAUGCCGCGUACUAUCAACAAGAAUCUGCAAAGCUGAGGCAGCAGAUCCAAACGAUUCAAAAUUCCAACAGGAAUCUGAUGGGAGACUCUUUGAGUUCCUUAAGUGUCAAAGAACUUAAACAGGUUGAGAAUCGCCUUGAGAAAGCUAUCUCCAGGAUCAGGUCCAAGAAGCAUGAGUUGCUUCUAGCUGAAAUCGAAAACAUGCAGAAAAGAGAGAUUGAGCUUGAUAAUGAGAAUAUCUAUCUACGAACUAAGGUAGCAGAAGUGGAGAGGUUUCAACAACACCAUCAUCAAAUGGUCAGUAGCUCAGAGAUUAACGCUAUCGAGGCGUUAGCUGCCUCACGCAAUUACUUUGCUCAUAGCAUUAUGACUGCUGGCUCUGGAUCUGGAAAUGGAGGUUCUUACUCUGAUCCCGACAAGAAAAUUCUUCAUCUCGGAUAAUCUCGUGGGCGUGAAAAAUAAAACGAGGUGCGAUCACAGUUUAUAAAAGCUCUUCAUUCUGAGGAUCCUCUACUCAGUUUCUAUCUCUACAUAAAAUAUGUUUUGGUUUAUAAUAAUUCAAAGUACAAUGAAGGUAUUGAUCCUUCAAGACUCAUUUGGAAAUUGUGUUGUGUGAUGGUUAAGGCAAUACUCUGGUUUUUAAUGUUUCAUUAUGGUAUCUGAUUUAGUGAUUCAUAUCA